GCUGCCAUUCCUGCAAGUGCAGAGCAACCAUGGGAUUUGAAUAUUAUACUCCUAAAUAAAUGAAUUUCUCAGUCUCCUAUGCCCAUCUAUACAUACUCCAUCUUCAAAGAGUAGAUCAGACUUGUAUCAUUAACGAGACACUGACCUUUCCAAUGUGCAUGAUAUUUUUGGACAAUGCAAUUGCGGCACUGGUAUUUAUUUCUGUGAAGAAAAACCCAACGGUUCCGUGGAAUUCAUCAAUUGACACAUGCAAGCAUUUUCUUAAUCAUUCGGGAUUUAUUGAACUGAGCAGUGACUGUGGAAUCCUUCAGGACCCAUUAAAUUUCUGAAGAAAAAAGCUAAGAUGAAGGACAUGCCACUCCGAAUUCAUGUGCUACUUGGCCUAGCUAUCACAUUAGUACAAGCGACAGACAAACAAGUGGAUUGCCCGCAAUUAUGUACAUGUGAAAUCAGGCCUUGGUUUACGCCCAGAUCCAUUUAUAUGGAAGCCUCCACGGUGGAUUGUAAUGAUUUAGGUCUUUUAAGUUUCCCAGCCAGAUUGCCUGCCGACACACAGAUAUUGCUCCUACAGACAAACAACAUUGCAAACAUCGACUACUCCAUAGACUUUCCAGUAAACCUCACUGGCCUGGACUUAUCUCAAAACAAUUUAUCUUCAGUCACCAACAUUAAUGUAAAAAAGACGCCUCAGCUCCUUUCUGUGUACCUAGAGGAAAACAAACUUACUGAGCUGCCCGAAAAAUGCCUGUCUGGACUGAGCAACUUACAAGAACUCUAUAUUAAUCACAACUUGCUUUCUACAAUUUCACCUGGAGCCUUUAUUGGCCUACAUAAUCUUCUUCGACUUCAUCUGAAUUCCAAUAGACUGCAGAUGAUCAACAGUAAGUGGUUUGAUGCUCUUCCAAAUCUAGAGAUCCUGAUGAUUGGGGAAAAUCCAAUCAUCAGAAUCAAAGACAUGAACUUUAAGCCUCUUAUCAAUCUUCGCAGCCUGGUUAUAGCUGGUAUAAACCUCACAGAAAUACCAGAUAAUGCCUUGGUUGGCCUUGAAAACUUAGAAAGCAUUUCUUUUUAUGACAACAGGCUUGUUAAAGUGCCCCAUGUUGCUCUUCAAAAAGUUGUAAACCUCAAAUUUUUGGAUUUAAAUAAGAAUCCUAUUAAUAGAAUAAGAAGGGGGGAUUUCAGCAAUAUGCUACACUUAAAAGAGCUGGGGAUAAAUAACAUGCCUGAAUUGAUUUCUAUCGACAGCCUUGCUGUGGAUAACUUGCCAGAUUUAAGAAAAAUAGAAGCCACAAAUAACCCCAGAUUAUCUUACAUUCACCCCAAUGCAUUUUUCAGACUCCCUAAACUGGAGUCACUCAUGUUGAAUAGCAAUGCCCUCAGUGCUCUGUACCAUGGUACCAUUGAGUCUCUGCCAAACCUCAAGGAAAUCAGUAUCCACAGCAACCCCAUCAGAUGUGACUGUGUCAUCCGUUGGAUAAACAUGAACAAAACCAACAUUCGCUUUAUGGAGCCAGAUUCACUGUUUUGUGUGGACCCACCUGAAUUCCAAGGUCAGAAUGUUAGGCAAGUACAUUUCAGGGACAUGAUGGAAAUUUGCCUCCCUCUUAUAGCUCCUGAGAGUUUUCCUUCUAACCUGGAUGUAGAAGCUGAAAGCUUUAUUUCUUUGCACUGUAGAGCUACUGCAGAGCCACAGCCUGAAAUCUACUGGAUAACACCUUCUGGUCAAAAACUCUUACCUAAUACUCUAGUAGACAAGUUCUAUGUCCAUUCAGAAGGCACACUAGAUAUAAGUGGUAUAACCCCCAAAGAAGGGGGCUUAUAUACCUGUAUAGCAACUAACCUAGUUGGUGCUGACUUAAAGUCCGUUAUGAUCAAAGUAGAUGGUUCUUUCCCCCAGGAAAACAAUGGAUCUUUGAAUAUUAAAAUAAGAGAUAUUCAGGCUAAUUCAGUCCUGGUAUCUUGGAAAGCAAGUUCUAAAAUUCUCAAAUCUAGUGUGAAGUGGACAGCCUUUGUCAAGACUGAAAAUUCACAUGCUGCUCAAAGUGCUCGGAUACCAUCCGAUAUCAAGGUAUAUAAUCUUACUCAUCUGAACCCAUCAACUGAGUAUAAGAUUUGCAUCGACAUUCCCACCAUCUACCAGAAAAACAGGAAACAGUGCAUAAACGUCACAACAAAAGGUUUGGAUCCUGAUCAAAAACAGUAUGGAAAAAGUAACACCACAACACUCAUGGCUUGCCUUGGAGGCCUUCUGGGGAUUGUUGGCAUGAUCUGUUUGCUCAGCUGUCUCUCUCAAGAAACAAACUGUGAUGGUGGACAUCGCUAUGUGGGAAAUUACUUACAGAAUCCAACCUUGGCAUUCAGUGAGCUUUAUCCUCCUCUAAUAAACCUCUGGGAUGCAGGCAAAGAAAAAAGUACAUCAUUGGAAGUAAAAGCAACUGUCAUAGGUGUGCCAACAAACACAUCCUAAGGUACAAUCUAUUCAAAUGACUUUGAACAAAAGUUAAAGACUCGCAGUUGUGGUUAAAAAUAAGAAAAAAGAAGAAGAGAAAUAUUACUUUAUAAAAUGAAGGUUAAGCUUCACCAAUGCUGCUCCUGACCAAUGGAAAUAUGUACAAGUUCAGCAUUUUAAGUAACUGGUUUCAAAGGGUAUUGUGGCAACCAAAUAAAAUGAUUCCAUUUUCUAGAACUUUCAUGUAACUUUUAUGUCUGGACUACAGUUAAAGUGGACAAAAACAUUUCUGUAUUUUUUUUAAGUAUAUAAGAGUAGUUGAACUGAGCAAUACCUCCUCCUGUGUUGUAUUACACAUAUUAGCCACGAGUUUUUGCAGUGACAAGAUAAACUUGAAUUGACACGUGGUGUAAUAAAAAGGACAAAUUCUGUAGAGUAGACACAGUGAGUAUGUGGACCUCUUUUCUAAGGAAAAAUACAUUUUGGAUUAAAAUUAAUUGCUUUUGUCUUGUUUUGUUUCUAAAUAAAGAGUAAUUUCUGGGAAA